GCAGCAGCGCUGCACGGAGCGGGUGUUCAUGAUGGCGGCGGCGGCGGAGGAGAGCGGCAGCGGCGGCAGCAGCGACUCGGGCAGCACCGCGGAGGAGGAGCGCGUCCGGCGGCUCUUCCAGACGUGCGACGGGGACGGAGACGGCUACAUUAACCGGAAUGAUCUGCUGAUGGUCUGCCGGCAGCUGAACAUGGAGGAUUCGGUGGCAGAGAUCAUGGGGCAGCUCGGCGCAGACGAGCGAGGAAAGAUCUCCUUUGAAGACUUCACACGCUGCCGCAUGCAGCUGGUCAACGAGAUCCGCAAGGAGGAAGGACAGCUAUCGCUGCUCUCCAGCGACUCGGAGAAGAGGAAACCUCACGAGUGUGUGGCCUCCUGGCCCACCAGCAGCGAGAACAGUCUAGGCGCUCGUGAGAGCUGGGAGUUUGAUUCUGGAGCUCGAGACUUACAGAGUCCAGACCUGCAGUCUCCGACACAAACACAUGCUCCGCAGCAGAGCUCGCCGUUACUCCAGAAGCUCCUGGAUCAGCCCAGCGCUCUGGAGCCUUCGGCUGGACUUCACAAGCUCCUGUCCCAGCAUCCCUCCGGCCGCGGCGGAAGCUACCUGGAGCUGGCCAAUACUCUGCAUCUGGCUGCGCUGGCGUCUCUGAAGGGCGACGUGGUGGAGCUCAACCAGCGGCUGCUGCAGACCGAGAGAGAGAGAGACAUGCUGGAGAAGAGACUGGCCAAAGCACAGUGUGAGCAGUCUCAUCUGCUGCGGGAGAACGAGGAGGUUCAGGAGAGGACGACGCUGCGCUACGAGGAGCGAAUCACAGAGCUGCACAGCAUCAUCGCCGAACUCAACAAGAAGAUAGACCUGCUGCAGGGAGCCACCAUCAGGGAGGAGGAUGAGUUUUCCGAGCUUCGCUCCGAUCUCAGUCACAGCCAGCAGGAGGUUAACGAGGACGACCGGAGCGUCGAUCAGGACCCCGACCAGGCGUCCAUCUCACUGCCUGAGAACCAGUCCACGCUGGUCACUGCAGACAUGGAUAACUGCAGUGACCUGAACUCAGAGCUGCAGCGGGUUUUGACGGGUCUGGAGAGCGUCCUCUGCGGGCGCAAGAAGAGCACAUGCAGUCUGUCCGUGGCGGAGGUGGACAGACACAUCGAGCAGCUGACCACCGCCAGCGAACACUGCGAUCUGGCCAUCAAGACGGUGGAGGAGAUUGAAGGCGCUCUGGGCCGUGAUUUCUACCCCAGUCUGUGUGAGGAGCGUGUUCGCUGGGAGAAGGAGCUGGCUGGACUCCGGGAGGAGAACGAGAGCCUGACGGCGAUGCUGUGCAGUAAAGAGGAGGAUCUCAACCGCACCAAAGCCACCAUGAACGGCAUCCGAGAGGAGCGAGAUCGCCUGCGCAGACGCGUGCGAGAGCUGCAGACGCGUCUCCAGAGCAUUCAGCCCGGCGCUCCGUCCAGUCCUGGGCGUCUGACUCCAGCGGGACGUCCCAUCAACCCCAGCACCGGAGAACUCAGCACCAGCAGCAGCAGCAACGACAUCCCCGUCGCCAAAGUGGCGGAGCGAGUGAAGCUGUCGAAAACGCGCUCAGAAUCGCUGCCAACGGAGAGAUCCAUCCUCGGCUCUGAAAUCAGCAGCAUCGGGGUGUCCAGUAACGUGGCUGAACACCUGGCUCAUUCCCUUCAGGACUGCUCCAACAUCCAGGAGAUCUUCCAGACGCUCUACUCACACGGAUCCGCCAUCUCCGAGAGCAAGAUCCGCGAGUUCGAGGUGGAGACGGAGAGACUCAACAGUCGUAUCGAGCACCUGAAGUCUCAGAACGAUCUGCUGACCAUCACGCUGGAGGAGUGUAAGAGUAACGCCGAGCGGAUGAGUAUGCUGGUGGGGAAAUACGAGUCCAACGCCACCGCGCUCAGACUGGCCCUGCAGUACAGUGAGCAGUGUAUCGAGGCGUAUGAGCUGCUGCUGGCGCUGGGCGAGAGUGAACAGGGUCUGGUUUUGGGUCAGUUCAGAGCCGCUGGAGUCAGUGCUGUGGGAGAGCAGGCGGGUGAAGAGAGCAUCACGCAGAUCCUGAAGAAAGCUCACGACAGCAGAAAGACAGCAGAGAUCGCCGCUAAAGAUCUCCUGACGCGUCUGGAUGGCAGCUGCGGAGCUGCGUUUGCGGUCAGCGGCUGCAGCGUCCAGCCCUGGGAGAGUCUCUCGUCCAACAGCCACACCAGCACCACCAGCUCGACGGCCAGCAGCUGUGACACGGAUUUCUCCAAAGACGACGAGCAGCGUCUGAAGGACUACGUGCAGCAGCUGAAGAACGACCGGGCGGCCGUCAAGCUGACCAUGCUGGAGCUGGAGAGCGUCCACAUCGACCCGCUGAGCUACGACGUCAAACCCCGCGGGGACUCGCAGAGACUCGACCUGGAGAACGCCGUGCUCAUGCAGGAGCUCAUGGCCAUGAAGGAGGAGAUGGCGGAGCUGAAGGCACAGCUGUAUCUGCUGGAGAAGGAGAAGAAAGCUCUGGAGCUGAAGCUGAGCACGAGGGAGGCUCAGGAACAGGCCUAUCUGGUGCACAUCGAGCAUCUGAAGUCUGAGGUGGAGGAGCAUCAGGAACAGAGACGCCGGUCGCUCAACUCCACCGGCAGCAGCGCUGGAGCCAAAGACAAGAGCGGGAAGGACUCUGAUUCUCCAGCGAUCAGUCUGUCUGAUCUGAGGAGUCUGAGCGACAGCGACCUCGCGGCGGAGCUCACCAGCGCCCUCAGGAGAGAGAAGAAGCUGAAGGGUCGUGUUCAGGAGUUGGUGGCGGCGUUAGAAAGACUGACUAAGAGCAGUGAAGUCAGACAUCAGCAGUCGGCGGAGUUCGUUAACGACCUGAAACGAGCAAACAGUAAUCUGGUGGCGGCGUACGAGAAAGCCAAGAAGAAGCACCAGAACAAGCUGAAGAAGCUGGAGUCUCAGAUGAUGGCGAUGGUGGAGCGGCACGAGACGCAGGUGCGGAUGCUGAAACAGCGCAUCGCUCUUCUGGAGGAGGAGACGUCUCGACCGCACACCAACGAAACCUCGCUCUGAACUCACCAAACCCUCCGGACGUCUCCGCAAAACCACACAAAAGCCAUCAUUCUGUCAUCAUUCACAGCCUGUAGGACUUUGUUCUUCUGAGGAACACGAAGCAGACGUUUCUCAGGACGUUCACGCUGCUCUUUUACACAACAGCGCCUCUCCAGAUACAAAAAGCAUCAUAAGCAUGAAACGACGGCUCAGACGUGCUCAUUUUGUCACGUAGGAGACGGCGUUUAUUUUAUACUGUUCCGUUUUUCCAAUUUAUAAUUAUGAGGUUCACAGUUUUUAUGCUUUUACUAGUCAGAUUAUGAUGAAACUACAUGAGAAAGUACAGCAGCACAGACUCAAAGAGACGAACUAGUCACAGGUUUAGUUUAAUAAUGAUAUUUCUUAGUCAUACAGUGUAGAGAAAUAGUUUUGAGCAAUAAAUGAGAACGAGGUUUCCUUCAUCUGCUGAUUAAACUCACAUCCUCGGUUUAACCGCCUCGCAGGACUAGUUAAGCCUCCGAUGAACAUUCUGUCAUCAUUUACCCAGUUAUACCUAACAUCUGGUUCAGAUUUAUGAACUGGAAAUACAGAUUGCAGACAAAUCAAGGCCGCAAGUUAUCCAUAUGAGAUGAAUUAUGAAUUAUUGAUUUGUUAAGACACCACUUAGACAACUUAUAUUGGCUGAUGAGAUGUUGAACAUCUGUAUGUUAUUUUAUCUGUAAAGUCACUUUACAAUAAAGUCUUGUUCAUAUUAUGAACUAAAAAUAAACAUUAUCUUUACUAACAUUAGUUAAUAAUUCUAAAGUUAUAAUAUUAAUAAAUGUUUAAAUUGAUCGAAGAUGCUGCUUUAGAAGUAUUUUUCAUUGCUAGUUCAUGCAAACUACUAUAAUCGAACAAAUAAAACCUUAGUGUUACCAAUUUAUCAUCAAAAUCUAGAUUUUUGUAAAAUUUCAGUGUCAUAUUUACACUUCUGCUGAUCCUGAGCAAUUUUUUAUGAGGUUUUUGCAUUAAUCAAUGAAAACAUUUCAUUUGUUCACAAGAAAUUAUUUUUUUCUUUAGAAACACAUGCACUGAUGAAUUCUGCGAACAAUAAUAAACGUAAUUUUUUAUAGCGCCUUCAAAAGUUGCAUCUCAGAGCGCUUUAAAAAAUAAAUAAAUAAAAAUGCAUUGAAAUACAAAAAGAACUAAAUUUAAGAAUAACAUGAAAUAAAAAGAAUUACAAUCACGUAAAAAUGACGCCGAAAAAGUGAGUUUUAAGAGAAGAUUGAAAAAAUGAAAGAUGGCAAACAAGUUUUGAUCAUUUCCAAAAAAUAAUAGAAUUUUCCAAGUGGAGAAAAUUUCAUUUUCAAAUAUUUUUUUCGAAGAACAUCAUUUUUAUUUCAUGCUGGAAAUCUGAUGACAGAAUCUUGCUUCAGCCUUCAUGUUGUGUUUGUUUGCAUGCAGUUUUUGGCCGAGGAAUGUAACGUCGCUCAACAUCACCAAACCUCACGUUUCAGUGUUUCCCGAGAGGUUUGAUCUCCAUCACGUUUGGCUUCCUCCUGGACGACAGAAGCACUUUUCCACAGUCUGGUGGACCGGAUCACCACAUUGCCUUCUUACAGACGAGUAUUUAUUUCUCCCUCUCCUGCAAAAUAUCAGCGAGACCUCAAACUCACGGUUUUAUACGAUCCUGCGACUGUUUACACGCUCGAGCUACAAAGCUGUUCGUCCCACGCAGAUCUAGUGAAGACGGUGAUUAUGCAUAAACGGCUUUCACUCAUAUUUAUCAGUUACAAGACUGACUUUUAAGUGCUUGACAUGGUGAAAUAUUCAAUGCAAUAGAAAUGCUUCUCUCUCGUUCGAGUACCAAUCUGCCCACAGAAAGAGGCGCUGUUAUAGAACUACUUUAAUGUGAACAAGCAUUUAAUACAAGAAUCCAUUACUCAUAAUGCAGGUUUAUUGAUCUGCUUCUGUGACUUCAUGCUGGACGAUCAAAUGUCAGCGACUGGUUCACGUUUUCAUGCUCUUUCUUUGUGCAUCAGUAAGUAAAGGAAUCCUUCCUUUCAUGAAAGUAUAUGCAUAUCCAUAAACGAUGGGCUGGAGAAACUAUAAAGGGUUUGUGAAUUGUACUUAAUUUGCACAGAUCUGUUUAUGAAUCAAAUCUUUGCAAUCAUUUUGUUUUAUUUUAAUACAGAAUGUAUUUGUUUAUAUAAUAAAGAAAUAAUGCAACGCU